CAAGCGAGCCUGCAGUCCCACUGUGUGUACGACACUGGCAACAUGAGGUCUUUGCUAAUCUUGGUGCUUUGCUUCCUGCCCCUGGCUGCUCUGGGGAAAGUCUAUGGACGAUGUGAGCUGGCAGCAGCUAUGAAGCGUCUGGGACUUGAUAACUAUCGGGGAUACAGCCUGGGAAACUGGGUGUGUGCCGCAAAAUUCGAGAGUAACUUCAACACACAUGCUACAAACCGUAACACCGAUGGGAGUACCGACUACGGAAUCCUACAGAUCAACAGCCGCUGGUGGUGCAAUGAUGGCAGGACCCCAGGCUCCAAGAACCUGUGCAAUAUCCCAUGUUCAGCACUGUUGAGCUCAGACAUAACAGCGAGCGUGAACUGCGCGAAGAAGAUCGCCAGCGGUGGAAACGGCAUGAACGCGUGGGUCGCCUGGCGCAACCGCUGCAAGGGCACCGACGUCCACGCGUGGAUCAGAGGCUGCCGGCUGUGAGGAGCCGCCG